AUGUGCAAAGUCUUCCCUUCUAGCCUUGGAGAACUUGGCCUCCGAUGGUUUGACAAACUCCCUAGUGGUUCGAUUUAUGGCUGGACGCAGCUUUCUGAGGCGUUCUUAGCCCGAUUUGUCUCCAACAGCAGAGUCCCAAAGCAGUGGGAUACCUUGUUCAAUAUCCGAAAGGACAGGAAAAAGACCUUACGCCAGUACGCGCAACGAUAUUGGGAGGAAUAUGGUGACUUGGAGGAAAAUGUUUGUAGUGAACAAUUGGUCGUGUUGCACUUCAAGCAAGGCCUACCUCCUUCGCACAAGCUAAGGCAGUCGUUGACGAAACGACCUACCCCCACCAUGAAGGAUUUGAGGGCCCGAAUAGAGCAACAAGCUUGUGUGGAAGCCGAUGCUGCUUCGGUACAUGUUGCGAUAGCUGAAGAAGAAGUCAGACCGCCUCGACCACCUAGGAUUGAGCAGCCAAGUAGGGAUGAGCAGCGCAAGAACUAUGGCCAAAAGAACUGCACUACAGUGGAAAACGAAGAGGAAAGGGCCAAGUCUUACGAAGGCAUCAUUACCAUCUUCAAAGAGCCAAUAUAUAGGCUCGUUGAGAAACUUAAAGGGGAAGCCUUCUUUGUCUGGCACGCUAAGAUGCCUGGAGACCUUGCUCGGCACAAUCAAACACUGCGUUGCACCUAUCAUCGAGAGAAGGGACACAAGACGCAAAAUUUCAGAGCUCUCAAACAACACUUGGGGGACUUAGUUACGGCAGGCCACCUCCAACAAUGGAUAGACGCUGAUAAGACGAGGGAAAAACAAGGACAAAACCAAGCCGCUGCUGAAGAGAAUCAUGCCCCAAGGUUGGUCAUCAACGUUAUCCAUGGAAUGACUGACCCCGAAAAGGAAAAUUCCCUUCGAGGUGAGAUCCAACGAGCCACUCACCUUCAACAAGUCAUGUCAGUGGGACCUCCUCCCAAAAAGUCCAAGACAAAAACUAGGGCUUCACGGUUUAACGUUGUGUUUAACAAGAAGGACCUAGAAGGAAUCCAACACCCCCACACCGACGCCCUCAUCAUUACAGUUGGUGUAGCCAACAAGUUUGAUAUGAAACGAGUCUUGAUUGACCAAGGGAGCGCCGCAGACAUCAUGUAUUAUGAGGUUUUCAAGAAACUUGGUCUCAAUGAGCAACACCUAACGCUUGCCACCUCUCCCUUGGUGGGCUUCAACUCGCAAACAGAAUGGCACUCGGUCGGGUAA